AGAAUUUGGUUGAAGAAAAAAAUCAAAAAUUAAAGGGAUUUUAGCAGAGAUUAGUGAUUUUUUAGUAGAUAUUUUGAUUUCUUUUGUUUUGUUUUAUAGAGUUUCUUUUUUCUUGGAAAAAAAAGGUGUAUUUUUUUUUGAAUUUGGAAGAUGACAGAUGAAUGGGAUGAAAAACAACGGGAAGAAGGGGAUCCUGAGACAGAAGAACAGGAACUUCAAGCAAUGAAACAACGUGUUGCUGAGAUGGAAGCAGAAGCUGAAAAAUUGAGAAAAAUGCAAGCUAAAUUAGAUAAAGAAAGCUCUCAGUUAGUAGAAAAUAAAGAAGAUGUGGACUCUCGUAGUGUUUAUGUUGGAAAUGUUGAUUAUGGUGCAACUCCCGAAGAAAUACAAGCCCAUUUUCAAACUUGUGGAACUAUUAAUCGUGUCACAAUUCUUUGUGAUCGUUAUUCUGGUCAUCCCAAAGGAUUUGCAUACAUUGAAUUUUCAGAGCCAAGGCUUGUUGCCCAUGCUUUAGUUCUUAAUGAAAGUUUAUUUAGAGGUCGUUUACUAAAAGUUGUUCCAAAACGUACAAAUCUCCCUGGAAUGUCCCGUGGAAGAGGACGAGGUCGUGGCCAUGCUUAUCGUGGACGCUAUGGUUAUCGUGGUGGCUACCGUGGUUCUUAUAGAACUGGCCCAUACUAA